AGACCAAACAGCUAUAAUUAUCGGUAGAUCAGAUAAAACACUUUCUGGUCUAAUAAAAAUAAGACAAUGAGUCUCUGAUCAUCAUCCACUACAUCAACUACUGACUACGUAACAGUGUUCCCCCAAAUCUAUUUGCCAGAUACUACUCAUGCAUACCAUUUCAUUUCUCAUUCAAAUACGAAUAAUAUUAGCUUAGUAGGUCAGGUCACCUCUUUCUUAUUCUUUUACUCUUCAUUUUCCCCUCCUUCAAAAGUCCAAGUUCGUUAGAUUUAGCGAAGGGAAAAUUUUUCUUGUUGAAGUGACUGACAGGUACAGCCAAAAUCGAUUAUCAUUUUGACCAAUGAAUGGGUAUUGCUUAUCACAGCAGUCGCCAUCAAGAUAAGAAGAUGAUCGACCAUUAUUAGUGCAGCAAACAGUAACUAUGGAUGGGAGAUAAAAGGUUCAGAAAUCAUGGAAAAAACUUUAGAAUGGUUUCCAUUGUGACUAUGGAAAACUACUAUGAUUCUGGCUGGCACAUGAGCACCAGCUGGGCUCAAUGCAGUGAUCAUUCUUCUUCCUUUGCAGUUCCUACACAAAUACUUCCUCAUGCCACUGACUCUGCCUCUCUUCAAUUUGGUGAGUUCCACUCAUGGCCACUUCCCAUUGAAGGGGCCGAAGAAGAGAGAGCAAUGAGUGCUUCCAAGAGCCACAGCCAAGCUGAGAAAAGGCGCAGAGACAGAAUCAAUGCACAGCUUGCAACUCUCAGAAAACUUAUUCCCAAAUCCGAUAAGAUGGACAAGGCAGCUUUACUAGGGAGUGUGAUAGACCAUGUCAAAGAUCUAAAGAGAAAAGCCAUGGAUGUUAGCAGAGCUUUCACAGUUCCAACUGAAAUUGAUGAAGUAUCAAUUGACUGUGACCAUGUAGAAGAUGAAAGCUGCACUAAAGUGAACAAAUUGAAGGAGAAUAUUGUGAUCAAAGCUUCUGUUUGCUGCGAUGAUCGACCAGAACUGUUCCCUGAACUCAUCCAAGUCCUCAAGGGCUUGAGACUGACGGCAGUUAAAGCUGACAUAGCCAGUGUAGGUGGCCGGAUCAAAAGCAUAUUGGUGCUUUGUUCUAAGGAUAGUGAAGAGGGUGUUUGCCUCACCACUCUCAAACAGUCCCUCAAAUCUGCUGUCACCAAAAUAGCUUCAUCAUCCAUGACAUCUAAUUGCCCCACCAGAAGUAAGAGGCAGAGAUUCUUCUUGCCUUCUCGUUGCCUACAGUAAUUUAAUUAUAUAUUGUAAAAUCAUUUUCAUUUGCCCCUAAGGGUCAUUUCAGUGGGGCAAUUAUUUGCUUUAUUUUUCAAUAUUUAUAUACGGAUAAGAUAUAUAGCUUUUCCAUUA